CAGACAAAAAUGGCAUCCUCUGGAGCACCCCGCUAUUCACGUCUUAUCGAAUCUGGGCAGAUAGUCUGUUCGGCGACGCAUCCAAUAGUAGGGCGGUGGCUAUCGCAGCAGGGAUGCUUAUCAUGCACCAGCUUAUCUGGCUAGACAGAUGAGCUGCAGAACGUGAUUGUCAGCCUGCAGCUUUCUUUCUCCAGCAUUUAGACAGCGCAGCUUGUGCGACCGUAUCCCUUACAUCGAUCUACCAUAUUGCUUUUUCGCUUCCGCACUUCUGUAUCGGAUGACUUGAACCUCUAUCCACUUCAUCUACCGCAUCUCGGUGGCACCAUACCUAAUCAUGAAGUUCAACCGGCCUCAUCUUCGAGUGCCGCAGUCGCGCUCUGCUUUUGCGGAUGGAAGCUCUCGCUGGACCAAUCUCGAUCUCGAUCCGGUUCCUUUUCAUCGUCGACAAUGGGGACCGCUCAGCUUUAUCUCGUAUUGGGUCUCCGAUGCCUUUAAUGCAGCUACAUGGCAGUUUGCUAGCAGUAUAAUAGCAGUCGGGCUGAGCUGGCGCGAAUCACUCAUAAUCGUCGCGAUUUCGUUCUUCAUCAUGUCUUUCGUCAUCGCGGGCAAUGGUGCUGUCGGUGCGAUCUAUCACAUUCCGUUCCCGGUGAUCUCACGGGCGAGCUGGGGAUUUUGGGGAUCAUACGUCGCCAUUAUUUCUCGAGUUAUUUUGGCGCUGUUUUGGUUCGCGAUUCAGAACGUCAACGGCGGAAACGCCGUGCGUGCAAUGAUCGGAGCCAUCUGGCCUAGCUUCUUGAGGGUCAAGAACGAGAUUCCUGAGGAUCAGGGCAUUACAACGAAUGGCAUGGUCGGAUACUUCAUCUUCUGGCUGUUUCAACUUCCGUUUCUCUGCAUCCACCCGAACAAAGUGCGGUGGCUGUUUGUGGUCAAGUCUGUGCUUGUGCCGAUCGCAUGGAUUGCGAUUUUGAUCUGGGCGUUCGUGGCAGAGGGAGGAGGUGCAAUGUUCGAGCAGAAAGCGACUGUCUCGGGGUCACAGUACAGCUGGGUGUUCUUGGCGAGCAUGACAUCAGUCUUGGGGAACUAUGCCACCCUCAGUGUGAACCAGUCCGACUUUUCUCGAUACUCGCGUGUUACGGCAAAGUGGCAGCUUCUAUACGUCCCUAUGCUACCUAUCGUGUUUACAUUCAUCUCAUUCAUCGGCAUUGCCGCCUCCUCAGCUGGCUACGCUAGAUACGGCGGAUCAAUCCCAUGGGACCCGAUCGAGCUGAUCAGCCACUGGUCCAGUCGGGCAUGCCGCUUUUUCGCAGCAUUCUCAUUCGCUCUGGCCUCUCUGGGUGUCAACAUCUCCGCCAACUCGAUCUCAGCAGCCAACGAUCUGAUGGCCCUGUUUCCAGGACACGUCAAUUUGCGCCGAGGCCAGAUCAUCUGCGGUAUCUUAUCAUGGGCUCUAGUACCAUGGAAGAUUCUUGAGUCGGCGGACAGCUUCCUGAACUUCAUGUCAGCGUAUGCUAUUUUCCUGGGACCGAUUGCAGCUAUCAUGCUGUGGGACUUUUGGCUGCUGAAACAUGGAAAGUAUGAUACCCUGGCUCUGUACCAGCCAAACAACCCGGUGUAUCGCUACUCGAAAUGGGGCGUGAACUGGCGCGCCAUUGUAGCGUUUAUUGUCGGCGUGGUGCCGAGUCUGCCAGGACUGAUCAACUCGGUCAAUAGCAGUGUCUCUGUUGGCGUGGGUAUCCACCCGUAUCAGUUUGGAUGGCUGCUGGGAUUCGUGGGAACCAGCGUGGUGUAUGUAGGGUUAUCGUGGCUGUUUCCUGCGCGACAUGCUAUUAUCGACAGGGCCGUGAUGGCCGAAGAAAUCUACGACGGACGGGAAGUUGACGGAGAAUCCGAAGAAAAGUUGGACAACAUGCACGAGAAGGCCAAAGUAUAAUACUUUCGAAGCAUAUAGCCAGCAAUAUAACAAAUCUAUAACAAUGCACCCAUAGACACAUUCUAA